AUGGCAUGCUCUGGUCUACCUGUCUGCAUGCAGAUCGGCACUGCACCAGCGAUGAAGCCCUUCUCGAGAGAUGGCAACGACGGGGCCGAGAGAUCAGGCAUCGUCCGGCCGACUCGGACACUCUACCUGGCACUGCUCUGCGCCAUGUUCUGGGCCGUGCUAUUCAUCCUCCAACAGCCGAAGCCAGCAGGCUUCUUCUCCCAGCUCAAGAUCGCGCCGGCGUUCCAGUUAGGGCUCUCGGACGACAAGUGUGCCGGCCGGUACGUGUACAUGUACGACCUGCCGCCACGGUUCAACGCCGACCUCGUUCGCGACUGCCGCAGCCUCACCGCUUCCACCGACGUGUGCAAGCACGCGGCCAACGACGGGUUCGGCCCGACCAUCACCGGCGGCGGCGAGGGCGGCUCGCUCCCGGAGACGGGAGCCUACGACACCGACCAGUUCAUGCUGGCCCUGAUCUUCCACGCCCGGAUGAAGCGGCACGAGUGCCUGACCUCCGACCCCGCCGCCGCCGCCGCGGUGUACAUCCCGUUCUACGCCGGGCUGGACGUGAUGAGGUACAUGGGCCAGGAGAGCCCCGACGUCGCCGCCCGCGAGGCCCUGCCGCGUGACCUCGUGGAGUGGCUUCUCCGGCGUCCCGAGUGGCGCGCCAUGGGUGGGCGCGACCACUUCCUGCUCGCCGGCCGUGGCAGCUGGGACUUCCUCCGCGAGCCCGGUGCCACCGGCAAGGGCGGCAACUCCCUCAUGACCUACCCCGCCAUCCGCAACGCCACGGUGCUCACCGUGGAGGCCAGCCCGUAUCACGGCUUCGACUUCGCCGUGCCGUUCCCGUCGCACUACCACGCCUCCUCCGACGCCGACGUCUCCAGCUGGCAGGGUCGCAUGCGGCGGGCCGAGCGCAGGUGGCUCUGGGGCUUCGCCGGCGCGUCCCGGCCAAGCAGCAAGAGGACCGUGCGCUCCCAGAUAAUGGAGCAGUGCGACAGGUCCAGCCGCUGCGCCAUGUUCGACAUCGACACGAGUGUAGCAGCCACGCCGGCCCGGACCAUGCAGCUGCUGGAGAGCGCCGAGUUCUGCGUGCAGCCGCGCGGGGACGCGUACACGCGCAAGUCCACCUUCGACAGCAUCCUCGCCGGCUGCAUCCCGGUCUUCUUCCACCCCAUCUCCGCCUACCUCCAGUACAUCUGGCACCUGCCCAGGGACUACCGGAGUUACUCCGUGUUCAUCCACCACGGUGACGUCGUCGACAAGAACGCCAGCAUCGAGGAGGUGCUCACCAAGAUACCGCCGGCCAAGGUGGCGCAGAUGCGGGAAGAGGUCAUCCGGCUCAUACCAACCGUCAUGUACAGGGACCCGGCGGCCAAGGGCGUCACCUUCAAGGACGCCUUCGACGUCGCGGUCGAUGCCGUCAUCCUCCGGGUGGCCAAGCGCCGGCGCGCCGCGGCUGAGGGCCGGGAGUGCUGGGACAGCGUCGACGGCGGCAAGAGUUGGAAGCAUGACUUGCUGGAGGAUGGGGAGAACACUACACGCCCACACGAGUUUGAUAAAUAUGUGUACACCUAA